AUGAAGAUAAAACAACUAGUUGAAAAGGCAUUUUGUCCUAAUACGAUAAACAUAUCAUUGUUUGUGCUGUACCAAGCUGCCUUAACCUAUGCUAAAUCGAAAUGGAACAAAAUCACUCCAUUCACCUCGGGCGGCAGAUGGUAUCACACCUGUGGUGGAACUCUCAUUGCCAACAACUGGGUCAUGACGGCUGGUCACUGCAUUGGCUCAUAUACCUAUCGAGUGGUGAUUGGGAAACACAGCCUGUCAGCAACUGAAACAGGAUCCAUUGCCGCCAGUGUCCAGAAGAUUGUGGUCCAUCCGAACUGGAACUCAAACUUGCUUUCCAAUGGGAAUGACAUCGCCUUGAUCAAACUUGCCCAGCCUGUCACCCUGUCCAGCAAAAUUCAACUGGCCUGCCUCCCACCUGCCGGUGCUAUCCUGCCCCAUAACUACGCCUGCUAUGUCACUGGCUGGGGAAGACUGCAGACCAGUACAGCAGAAGCAGGGAGCUGCUUCUUGCUGGACUCCGCAGAAAGCCCAUGGCAGAAGCCAGGUCGUUUACUGGUGGUGGACUUCCAAACAUGCUCGAGUUCCAGCUGGUGGGGCAGCUCUGUGAAAACCAACAUGGUCUGCGCUGGUGGAGACGGCGUCAUCUCCAGCUGCAAUGGAGACUCCGGAGGCCCCCUGAACUGCCAGGGAGCUAACGGCCAGUGGGAAGUGCAUGGAGUGGUCAGUUUCGGCUCUGCCUUGAGCUGUAACUAUUACCGCAAGCCUUCCGUCUUCACUCGUGUCUCCAACUACAACAGCUGGAUCACCCAGGUUAUAGCAAGCAACUAA